AGGGCGUGACAUCAAACACCAGUGACAGCGAGAGCAGUUCCAAAGGACAAGAGGACACCAUCCUGUCAUACGAGCCAGUGACGCGGCAAGAAAUUCACUACGCCAGGCCGGUGAUCAUCCUGGGGCCGACAAAGGACCGAGUCAACGACGACCUCAUCUCCGAAUUCCCGCACAAGUUCGGUUCCUGCGUGCCACACACUACGAGGCCUCGGCGCGAGAAUGAGGUGGACGGACAAGACUACCACUUCGUUGUAUCCCGUGAACAGAUGGAGAAAGACAUCCAGGACAACAAGUUCAUAGAGGCCGGGCAGUUCAAUGACAAUCUCUACGGGACCAGCAUUCAGUCCGUGCGGGCAGUGGCAGAGAGGGGGAAACACUGCAUCCUGGACGUGUCUGGCAAUGCUAUCAAGAGGUUGCAACAAGCACAACUUUACCCCAUUGCCAUUUUCAUCAAACCAAAAUCCAUCGAAGCUCUCAUGGAGAUGAACCGGAGACAGACGUACGAACAGGCCAACAAGGUCUUUGACAAAGCCAUGAAACUCGAGCAGGAGUUCGGAGAGUAUUUUACAGCCAUCGUACAAGGAGACUCUCUCGAAGAGAUUUACAGCAAAAUCAAACAGAUCAUUGAGGACCAGUCCGGGCACUACAUCUGGGUCCCGUCCCCAGAGAAACUCUGAAGAUAUCCCCCACCUGCUUCCCUGUGAGCAGAAGAUCUCUGAAGUCCCACCCCACCCGUGCCCUCUGCCCCAAGGGGGGGGGAUACAAAAACUAUUCCUGCCCCCUUUUUUAGAUCGUCGCAAAAUUGAGUUUUCUAGUCCUGUUUCUUUUGUUGGGAUGAACUCAUCUCAUUCAUCAAGUGACUGUUCCCACCGCUCCUGCAUGGACCUUCCCACUGCUCCAUUAGAGACAGAUGAGAACCC